UGAUGUGCAGUUGGAGUUGGACUACUGUCAUUUGUGUUUUGUUGUUUUCCCAUAGUUGUAUAGGAGGAGCGCCGACAGCAAACGUUACCGUUGAAGGAAAUGCUACACUGUCAUGGUCACUACCCAGACCUACAACCAGCGAGUACACCGUUUGGAACACACGCGCAGGGAAAGCCAUAUUCCAUAUAACCAACUACAAUAAUGUCACUGACGUGAACUCAGAAUCUAGGAUCACAUUUACAGGGAACAUAUCAUCUUCUGGAACAGGAUUGUUCAGAUUUAUCAUCAGAGAUGUCAAGUUUCAUGACGAAGGCUGGUAUGAGUGUUAUUCGCGGUCCCCGGGUAGCAGAGGAUUCACAAUUGCUAAUUGUGGACAGACACUUAUCGUGAUGGCUGCGUCAAAUGUUUAUAUUCGUUUUGGAGAAACAGCAACUCUGGCUUGGAAUUUGCAUGGAUCUGGAAACAAAGACUUUUUUAUCAGAAACGAUUUUUGGAAGGAGACAGUGUUUCACAUAACGAACUAUAACGAAUUCAACAUUGCAAAUGAGAAAUUAAAAUCAAGACUGGAAUUCACGGGAAAUAUAACAUCCUCAGGAACUGGUCUGUUCAGCUUCGUGAUCAGUAGCGCUGACGACCAUGACUUUGGCCAGUUCAGCUGCUACCUUGGUUCACCACAACGUCCAGGAACAAAGAUUCCCUGUGGGCAACAGCUAGUAGUGAUACGAGUUCAAGAACCUUUUAUCGAGGGCCCGGAAAAGGUAUCCUUUGACGGUUCUGUUAAUCUGACAUGCAACUCCUUUCUGAAAAGUUACCCCAGUUGGAACCUGUCCAUGAACUUUGUCUGGAGGAGGAACGGAACGAGUGUAGAGAAUGGAGGAAGGCAUCAGUUGGCGUCUGGUAGCAGGAGAUGGAGAGGCGGGCGAUACAUGAACAGCACUCUGACUAUCGGUGGCGUGACAAGGAAGGACAGAGCAGCCAGAUACUCUUGUCAGACAGUGGUUGGGGACAAUAUACUCACAGACCACAGUGUGGACUAUGUCCUUAGCGUAGAAUAUGUGCCUAAGUCUCCUCAGAACCUGGAAGUGCACGAGGGAGACACUGUGUUGCUUUCCAUGAGGACACCCCGACAUCAGUCAAGAAUAUACCUGAAAGACCCUAAUGAUAGAAACGUGUUUGAAAUGGACUCUGCUGAAGUCUACAUAUGGGAAACCUACUGGACCAGGAUCAAGAUCCUGAAAGUCAUCACAUCAUCGGAUGAAGUCGCUGUACAGUUCCAACUCUCUGACGUCACAUCAGCUGAUGCUGGGAGGUACCACUGUAGCCUGGAGAAGGGCGGACAUGCAGGCUGUGACUGGGAACACGUGGUGGUCGUUUUCAAUAACUCUGUGACUGGGUCGGCUUCACCAUCUGUCGCAACAUCUACUACAGGUAAAGUAAAUGCAUAUGAUUCGUAA